AUGGAUCCGCGAUACAACUGGCCGCCCCAGGCCUAUCCAAACAGCCACCCAAACGGCCAAUACACUCCAUAUGCGCCUCCUCCACAACAACAGCAGCCGCAGCCGCCGCCGCCGCCAAAUGGCUACCAACAACAUGGUUAUCCUCAGUACCCUCCCAUGCAGAUGCAGACGCCUCAAGGAUAUCCUCAGUCUCAGCCAGCGCCGUAUCAACUGCCACCGCAACACAGCAUGCCUCGACCCAUGAGCCAGCAAUAUGCGCCAGUGCGCCCCCAGAUGCAACAACCACAGCAACCGCAAUAUCAACGGCAGCCUCAAGUCGCCAUACCUGCAAGGACACCCCAAUAUGCAUCUCCUAUGCAGCAAAUGCAACCUCCACGAAUACGCCAUGUACAAGUACCCGUACAGCGAACAAGCAGCGAGGGCAUAGCGCAAACAGAUGGGCCCGGGGACCAGCAACGGCGGUAUAGCGCACAACAGGCACCCAAUCCACCCAUAUCCAAGCCGGUACAGCGAUCACCGUCACAUCAAGAGAACGGCCCUCGGCCACAGCAGCGACCCGUCGUCACCCCAUCGAAUAGUCAAGCCCCAUAUCGAGCGCCUCUACAGCCCCAGACGACGCCACAACAACAGCGUGUACCCUCGCAGACGACACCUCAACAGCAGCGUAUGUCCUCACAAUCGACACCGCAACAACAACGCCCCUCACAAUCAACGCCCCAGCAACAGCGCGUGCUCCCACCGUCUCGAACACCGUCGAGCCAGUAUGGCAGCCCAUUCCCCCAGCCACCCUCGUCGAAACCGCGAAUGCACCCCCAAGUUGUCAUUCCCAAGACCUCUUCGUCGCAUCAGCUUACACCCACGAAGCGCGCCCAUCUUCCCCAAAAGGCACUCCCUGCCGAGCUCUCCGAACUGCUGCUCACGGCUGCGGACGAAUACAUUGCGGUUGCGCGAGGGAUGGGAUCUUUGUUCAUAAGGGAAAGGAGGGAGGCCGAUGUGAGACAGUACUACAAGUUGAUUUCCACCGCCAUGGGCUGCAUGGACACCGUACUCAAGGAUUUCAACAUGCCACCCAGGGACGAAGCGAAGUUGCGGUUGAGAUACGCUAGCUUGCUAAUUGAAGAGACGGACAUUGAGGCCGCGGAUAUAUCAAGUCGGAUCGAAGAGAUCUUGUCCAAGCAGAUAUCGCUCUGUGGACGCCACCGCCUACAAGAUCUUAAGUUUGCUGCUUUUCAUCUUCAAGCGCGAUACCAGUUCAAGACUAAUCACCGCGCUGGCCUAAAAUCACUCGAUAAGCCUAUUCAAGAGGCAGAAACUUUUCAACACAUCGCUUGGGUGUAUGCGCUGCGCUUUCUCAAAGUCACAUUGGCGUUGCAGAUACCGGGUCGUGUGGAAGUGGCACUAGCUCUCCAGCAACUCCAUGCUAUACAGGACCACGCAAAUCGGCGAGGUGACCGGGCCAUUUAUGUGGCUUGCCAUGUACUCGAAGCUAUGGUUCAUCUGCGAUCGGGUGCAGCGGAUCGGAUCGACAAUGUCCAGCGCGCUAUCGCAGCUGCUCGGAGCCUGCAACUUCAGGUAUCAGCCAAACAACUGGGAUCAUUCGGUACUUUAAUUGAUAUCAUUGACAUUGCUAGUGGCAUUCAAAAAGGCAGCCCAAAUCCACAAAAGUCCACUGCGCUGCUCGAAUCUAUAUUGCGCGACACGGACGGACAGAGCAUCUCACAAAGCGGCGUCUUUACGGUUCUCAUUGAGCGGAGCUUCGGGGGUAACCUAACGUUUGACACAGCUGGCAUCUUCCGAAAGAAUGUGGAGCAGAAGGAUGAACUGGUAUUUGCAUGGCUCCCAAAGGAAGAUCUGCAGGCGUUGUGUUUCCACAUCUGCGCUCUGGAUCAACAUGUCCACGAGAAGGGUCUGAACUUCAUGAAAGAAGCACACCAGCGGUUCCGGGAGACCGCGAAACGACGCGCAUUCAAUGGCGUACCUAUCUCCAUCGCCUUUGCGCGCAUCGAGUGGAACAUGAUACUAGACUGGUACUCCAUGUUCGCCAUCGGCCUCAUGGCUUGCACACGAAACGACCCCAUAACCGCGUCCGACGCUCUCAGCUUCCUCGAGAAGAAAAUCUCGCUCAUUCCUUACAACAGCCAAGAAGCCUUCGUCCGCACACUAACCUACUUCUCCGCCAUCACUGACCAACUCCGCGGCUCUCUUGACACAGCCUUCUCAUCACUCUCCUCGCCCAUCCUCGCCAUCCCUGAAAAGGCCCACGCAACACCCGCCAAAACGGACAUCGCAGUAGUCGCAUCACUAAACUGCCUCCUCAUCCUCCGCGAUCCCACACACCCGCAGCACUUCACCGCCGCACCCCUAAUAGCGCAAAUCAAACCCCUCUGCGAAGAUCAUCCCAACCAAUACGUCCGCAUCGCCUUCCGCCUCGUAUUAGCCUUUCACUCGGAAUCUACACCCAUUCUGCAGCAAAAGAAAACAGUACAAGCCGCCGUAGGCAUGGCACAGGAGAUCAGCAAACGCACACAAAACUUUGAGUUUGUGGCCAUGAUGAUGUGUUAUUUCGUUGCGAGGUUCUUUGCUGAUAGCGUGGGCGAGAAGAGUAUUCAGGCUAUUCGUGCGGCGAGGAGUCAGGCUAUUAAAGUGCAUAGGCCGCUUUGGGUGGCGGUCGUUGCUGGGCUUUGUGGGAAUACGUAUAGGAGGAAUGGGUUGGUGGCUGAGGCGGAGAUGGCGGGGAGAGAGUUUGAGGCUGUGAGGGGACAGUUGCCGAAGGUGUUGAAGGGCGAGGAGGAGAUUAAUGGUGGUGGUGGUGGUGAAGAUGAGGAUGAAGAUGUAGAUGCAGAAGGGGAGGAAGAUGUUGAUGCCGAUGGAGAUAUUGAUGUUGUGGGCUAG